AGUGCUGGGUGGGGGGAGAGGCUGGUCUGUCUGGGCCUGAGGAGGGACGGGGCCAGGCUGCACUCACUGAGCUCCUCAAUGCUUCCCCGCACAGGUCUGCAAAUGAAGAGCCCCGAGAAGAAACGGCGUAAAUCCAACACUCAGGGCCCUGGCUAUUCCCAUCUCUCGGAGUUCGCCCCGCCCCCGACGCCAAUGGUCGACCACUUGGUAGCCUCCAACCCCUUUGAAGAUGACUUUGGGGCACCUAAAGUGGGGGCCUCGUCAGCCCCGUUCCUUGGCAACCCUGUGCCCUUUGGGAACUUUCGCAUGCAGCCGGGCUAUGGAGGGGGGCCCCAGGCUAUGCGGAGACAGCCCCCUCCCUUCGCCCCGAGCCAGAUGGGCCCAGGCUUCAGCAUGCCCCCCCAGAAUCCCAACUACGUGCAGCCUGGGGCUAUGAGCUUCCCCAGCCAGCCCUUCAAUCAGCCUCUCGGACAGAACUUCAGCCCCCCUGCGGGGCAGCUCAUGCAGGGGCCAGUUGGGGGCUUUGGGCCCAUGAUCUCUCCCACCAUGGGGCAGCCUCCCCGGGGAGACAUGGCACCAGGGCCAGCCCUGAAUGCCCCUACCGGCCCCCCCAUGGCCCAGAGAUUCAGCCAGCCCGCCAACCUCUUUGGACAGUCUCCCAUGCAGCGGCCCAGCCAGAAUCUGCCCCCAAACACCAGCCCCUUCCCUGGGGCCGACCCUGGCUUCCCAGCUGGGGGGGACGAUGGAGGGAAGAACCUCAACCCCCCGCCCAGACCUCCGCCCGGGGUGAACGGGCCCCAGCCAAGCUUCGCCCCCAGCAGCGCCGGCCGGAGCAGCAGCACCCCUGAAGCCAACAGCCUCCCGCCCUCCAGCAAGGUGGCUGGCAACUCGGGGCACCAGCCGCCGCCGGGGCUGGUGCCCCCCUGUGGGGCCUGCCGCAGUGAGGUGAACGAUGACCAGGACGCCAUCCUGUGCGAGGCCUCCUGCCAGAAGUGGUUCCACCGGGAGUGCACGGGCAUGACGGAGAACGCCUACGGGCUGCUCACCACCGAGGCCUCAGCCGUCUGGGCCUGUGACUUCUGCCUCAAGACCAAGGAGAUCCAGUAUGUGUACAUCCGGGAGGGCCUGGGCCAGCUGGUGGCGGCCAACCCUCGCCGCAUGCAGACCCCUGCCGG